AACUCUUAAAAACUUGUCUUAAGGAAAUAGUUAUGAUAUGUAUGGGAAGUUUGGCCUAGAUGGAUAUUUAUUGUCCACAGUCUUUAUAACAAUUAAAUACUAACAGCAAUAUUUAUGUCCAACAGCAGGGGUUGGUUAAAACAUACAAUCGUUCACCACUCAGUGAAAUGCCACAGACGCACUGAAAACUCAUUGAAGAAUAUUUAAUGUCAGUGAAGUUAUGUGAUUUAAAAAUAUAUCUUAAAACCAACAGUUUCUUUUAAAAAACUAUGUGACCUGCCUCAUUCCAAUGUUAAUGAUUACUGUCUUCGACCAAACCUUUUAGCAGUUGCCCACUCCCCAAAACUCUUCCUAACCCUGGAUUCAUAACCUACUGUGGUUAUAAAUCCUCAAAAGCCCCUGUGACUUUACGUGUCAGCUCACAUUUACAAAGCACUGAUUAUCUUCCGAACUCAAGGCAGCGAUUGUGAGCCUCCGUUUUACUGAUGGGCACAGGCUCCAGACAUUGGAGAGGUUCACAGGAAGCGAAAAAAACCGUGUACCAGGCAUGUAUCAGUCAAUUUAAAAAUAUUAACUCAUUGAAAAAUUACUAACUCAUUCAAUACAGAGAGGAAGGGACCUAUUAUUCCCAUUUUUCAAAUGAGGAAACUGUAGCCCUGGGGAGGUUCUAUCUUGCCCCAGGUGCUAGAGUUCAACCCAGGUAUUCUGGCUACAGAGCCACGGUUUCAGUCACUUCUUUGCUAUCUCUUGUUCUUACUACAAUAGUAGUCAAGAAUAAAGUGGUUACCGACAAUAUUUACCAUAACACAGGGAUGUGACCAGCAAUGUCCCCAGCUUCUGGUGAAGCGUUUCCACUUGCAAGAGCUCUCUGAUUUUUGAAAACGCGUUCGCUGAGAAGGGAGCUGAGGCCGAAGGGCCGGUGGUCGGUGGGAGCCCGCUGCAGGAAUUCCAGGCUCAUUGUUGCUGAAUAACACGUGCAAAGACUGAAAGUGCCCACGGUCCUCAGGGCCUCGCGGGGUGGUUUCACACACAUUUACAAGGGGCGACUGGCUCAGAGGGGCCGGCAGCCGUGCAGACGCCGCCGCAAUAAGAAAAGACGUUAUUGUUUUGCUUAAUAACAACUCCCUGAACUCCCGGGCUAAAGGAAAGGCUUUUCUUACGGAAAUUAAACUCAGAUCGCGGGAGGCGUAGGCUUCACCCGGUCCUGCCGCUGCCUCGCGGCCCGGGGGCAGGUUCUCGGCCGGUCGGGCACCGGAGGCUCCUCCCGGCGACCGGCCCGCGGGCACCUGGGCAGGUGGGCGGGUCGCGGGCCGGGCCCCUCCGCCCGCAGGCCGCUCGAGGCCGAGGCCCGGCCGCACCCCGCCCGGCUCCGGGCUCACUCAUGCCCCUUGUCCGGCCGACCCGGGCCCCCCCUCCCCGGUCCCUUCCCCGCCCUCCCGGAGCGCCCGGCGGGCAGCGGGCGGCCGGCGCGAGGCCCCUCCCCGAGCCGCGCAGCGCGGAGGAAGCGGAGGCGGCGGCAGCGCCGAGACCUCGCCGCGCUCAUGGCGUCGCCCGGACAUUCAGACGUGGGAGAAGUGGCCCGAGAAGUAAAAGCAUCUGAGGGAGGAACAGCCGUGGCCAUUGCAGAUUUGGAAUGGAGAGAAAUGGAAGGAGAUGAUUGCGAGUUUCAUUACGGAGAUGGUACAGAUGAGGCCCAGGACAGUGACUUUCCAACAGUGGAGAGGAGCCGCCUGCAGGACAUGCUGUCGCUUCUGGGCCUAGAGACAUACCAGGUCCAGAAGCUGGGCCUCCAGGAUGCCCUGCAGAUCAGUAGCGACAGCGUGAGGAACUGGGCCCCUCAGGCACCAAGGGACUUGCCCUGGGCCUUCCUGAGGAAGCUGCAGGCUCUCAAUGCCGAGGCCAGGAACAGCACCACCGUGGCGCCAGACGCGCCCCCGGAUGCCCGGCCUGUGGAGAAGGAGAGCCAGGUGGAGGAGAUCGUGUACUGGGACCCGGCCGACGACAUCUCAGCGGACAUCUACUCCUUCUCCGAGCUGCCUGCUCCCGACACGCCCGUGAACCCCUUGGACCUCCUGUGCGCCCUGCUGCUGUCCUCUGACAGCUUCCUGCAACAGGAGAUUGUGCUGAAAAUGUCCCUCUGCCAGUUCGCGCUGCCUCUCAUUCUGCCCGACUCAGAAAACCACAGCCACACCUUCCUGCUCUGGGCCCUCAGGGGUGUCGUGCGGACGUGGUGGGCACAGCCCCCAAGGGGCGUGGGCGGCCUCCGGGAGGACAGCGUAGUCCUGCCCCGGGUGCCCACCUUUGCCUUCGUGCGCAUGGAGGUCAGCAGCAACUCCAAGUCCCAGCUGCUGAACGCCGUGCUCAGCCCCGGCCACCGGCAGCAUGACUGCUUCUGGCACCGAGAACUGGGCGUGGGCACCGGCCCUCGGGAGAUCGCAGACGGGCUGGUGGAGAUCUCCUGGUUCCUGCCCAGCGGCCGGGAGGACCUGGACCUUUUCUCCGAGCCCGUGGCCUUUCUGAACCUCCGGGGCGACAUCGGGUCUCACUGGCUACAGUUUAAGCUGCUGACAGAAGUGUCUUCAGCCGUAUUCAUUCUGACCGACAAUGUCAGUAGGAAGGAGUACAAACUGCUGUCCUCCAUGAAGGGGUCAGCCACCAAGUGCUACUUCAUCCUGAGCCCCUGCCGCGGGAAGCGGAACACGAACCUGCGGCUUCUGGGGCGGCUGCUGCCUGUGCUGCGUGUAGACCACUCACACGUGCUCGUGAAGGUCAGCAGCACAGACAGCGCUCGGUUCGUGCACAGGGUCCGCUCCAUCAUGAUGCACGUGGCCCGGUCCCCCUGCAGGAGGCUGUCGCUGGAGGACAUGGCCCACGCGGCCCGCAAGCUGGGGCUGAGGGUUGACGAGGACUGCGAGGAGUGCCAGCGGGCCAAGGGCCGGAUGGAGCGGGUCACGGGGAGCCCCAGGGGCGCGCUGAGGCUGCAGGGGGCCCCCGGGGGCACAGCGGCUGCAGUGGAGAGGGAGCUCCGCCAGGCUCAGUGGGCCGGGGCCCCCGCUGGGGGGCUGCAGGACUUCAUCUCAGGCCUCAGCAGCCCCUCCCCGGGUGAGAAGCAGUACUUCCUGAGGUGGAUGGAGUGGGGGCUAGCCUGGGCGGCCCAGCCGAGGCCCAGGCAGCCCCCGGAGCUGGCUGCUGCCCUGAGAGCAAAGCCGAGUGGGGCUGUGGACCCCAGUGAGCCGUCCCGGCCGGAGCCCCUGGGGCUGGAGCACUUCCUGCGGGAGAUGGGGCAGCUGUAUGAGGCGGAGAGCUGCCUGGUGGAGGCCGGGAAGCUGCCCGCAGGCCAGAGGCGGUUUUCCCACUUCCCGGGCCUGGCCUUGGAGCUGCUGCUCAGGGGGCUGCCCCUGGAGCUGGUGGAUGGGAGCACCCUGAGCGCCCCACUGCGCUGGGUCACGGGGCUGCUGAAGGAGCUGCACAUCCACCUGGGGAGGCGGUCGCGGCUGGUGGUGCUGUCGGCGCUGGGUGUGCCGGGCACAGGCAAGUCCACGCUGCUCAACACCAUGUUCGGUCUGCGCUUUGCCACCGGGAAGGCGCGUGGUCCUCGGGGGGCCUUCAUGCAGCUGGUUUCCGUGGCUGAGAGCUUCAGCCAGGACUUAGGCUGUGACCACAUCCUGGUGAUAGACUCUGGGGGCUUGAUCACCGGGGCCUUGGCUACGGCUGGGGGGCGCUUCGAGCUGGAGGUCUCCCUGGCCACUUUGAUUAUGGGGCUGAGCAACGUCACUGUGGUCGCCCUGGCUGACGCCAGGGAUAUCCCGCCGGCCAUUCUGCAUGCGUUUCUGAGGUUGGAAAAAGCGGGCCACAUGCCCAGCUACCAGUUCGUGCACCAGAACCUUCAUGACGUGCCUGCCCCUGGCCCCAAGCCCAGAGACAGGCGGUGGCUCCUGGACCAGCGGGGCGACAUGAGCAGUGCUGUUGCACAGGCGGACAAGCAGGGCGAUGGCCUCCGGAUGCUGGCUGAUCUGGCCUUCUGUGACCCAGAGAAGCUGCACGUCUGGCACAUCCCCAGCCUGUGGCACGGAGCACCUCCCAUGGCCGCCGUGAGCCUGGGGUACAGCGAAGCCAUCUUUGAGUUGAAGAGGUGCCUGCUGGAAAACAUCCGGAACGGCCUGUCCAAUCCCAACAGGAGCGUCCAGCAGCUCAUUGAGCUGGUGAGACGGCUCUGAGUACCGCUCCCCUGAGGGGUGUCUCAGUCCCAUGUGAGAAGGGAGCGAUGCAGAAGACGGCAUCCAGGGUCUCCUGAACAGUGUUAUGGAGGCAGGAACCGCCAGUCUGCUGCGAGGUGCCCUGGGGUGUGGCCUUUCCAACAGCGGCUCUUCCAUCCGCCCCUGGAGUGGACAGCAGUUGUCCAUCAGUGCCCAGGGGAGGGGCCGGGAAGAAAUCCGGGAGCAGAGCUGGGUGACUCUGCCCGCUUAGUGAGUGCCCAUGGCGGGCAGGUCUAUUUAUUGACUGACUGCAGCCUUCCUGACCCCACCAGGGCUUGGCUCUGUCACCGCACAGCACUGGGCUCUUCUGAAACUUGCCCUGGGGCUCUGAGCCCCUCCAGGGCAGGGCAUGGUUGCCCAGCACUGUUGGCGCUUAAUAAAAGUUUGUGAAAUGAAUGAUUGCA